GCCUGCAGCGCACGUCCCCGCGGCCCCGAUGGCGCUGGAGGCGCUGAGGCCGCGCGUCGUGCGCUGGGCGCUGCUGGCCGCCUUCGCCGCCGGUGUGCUGGUGGGCUGGCAGGCCGCCCGCGCCCGCCGCCGCUUCCUCCGCUGGCGACAGAGCCGCCUGCAGCGCCGCCUGGACGCCGCCCGGGAGCAGCUGGAGGCGGCCUGAGCCCGGCACCGCCGCCCUCCCCUCCGCUCCCGUUCCCUCCCCGCGCCGGCCGCCCCGUGCUCGGCGUCGCCGUGCAUCGGAGCGCUGCGUCUCCGCCGCUUGGCGACGCCCGGGGCCGCUGCUGAUCCAACGGCCAGAACCGAUCGCACCGCGGCCUCGUCGCUCCGAUCGGUGAGGACAGGGCACGGGGACGCGCGCAACGAGCGACGGAUCUCGGCGUGACAGAACGCGAGUGGGAAGGACCGCGCGGGGGUGACCGAGCAGCGCGCUGGCGGUACGAACGGGAGCAUUAAAUCAGUGCUUGUA